AUGGCAUCCCUCCUCUCCACCAUGCUCUUUGCAGCCACGGCAUCAGCCCAAGUCACAACCUCCUUCUGGAUGCCCUCCAACGGCCUCGGAACAGAAAACAUCGGAUUCGUCGGCUCCGUCAUCAACGCCAACGAAACCCACACCACCCUCGCCGUCGAAUACGACGAAGGAACCGAUCUCGACGCUCUCAGCAUCGGUGUCAAUGGUCCCAUGACCAUGACCAUAGGCCCCAAAGUCUACGGCACCACAGUCGACGUUGGCGUUGCCUCUUCUGGGGACGACGACGAGGACGACACCUACGCACUUGACUGCACGUGGCCGACCCCCGAAGAAGCAGAGUCGAACCGUACCGAGACUGUUAGGCAGACUUUCAGCUGGGGCUAUGGCUCUGCUGUCUCGUCCGUCUCUCAGCCAGCUUACUGCAGUGAGAGUGGUACGCCUGACGAACCUUAUGUUUCUGAGGUGGAGAUCGCUGCGACGCAAUUUGGGACUUACUACCUUGUUAUCACUGCGGGGACGGAGAAGUUGGAGGCUACUGCUGCGGCUACACCGACGAUGUCGAGUGCCAUGUCUACGGGUGCUUCUACGGAUGCGACAGAUGCUUCUGGAACUGCGCCCGUGCCUGAGGUGACGGAGGCUAGUGCGCCGAUGGUUAGGGGUGCGCCGCUGUUAGCUGGACUUGGUGCUGCUGCUGCUGCGUUCUUUGUCUAG